AGUUGACCAUUAAGGUAGAAUUUUUUCCAUCGUAUCGAACCUAUCUGUCAGCUGUACGGAGGGCGAGAGAGGGCUAUCAAGCUGUCAAAUGGUGAAUAGCAAAGCGGUAGUGAGAAUAUUUUUAACAAAUAUGUGUUUUUAUUUCCAAUUUCACACACAUAGGUAAUCGCUAAUCUUAGCCGUAAGCUGUAGUGUAAAUAAGAAAGUGGCGAGCGUCAGCGGCGUCCCAUUAUGAGCUCCAGAGACAGGGACACUAAGUCUUUUCAAGACAAAUUGAAAGUGUUUUUUAAAAAGGGAGGUACGGCGCCGGUAGCAGCGCGCAACGAGCUGUUGGUGGGGCCCGAGCUGGAGCGAGAGCUAUCCCCCGAGACGCCGCUGGCCCGCCGGCUGCGCGCCAUCCGGGAGGUCGGCGAGAAGGCCCUGCAGAUACGGAUACAGGAGGGUGGUGUUGAGAAAAUUUGGUCGUGUACUCGAGACCUGUUGGAGGAGAGCAAUGUGGAAAGCCGGCACGCAGCACUGUGCUUACUACGGCGCCUGGCCGAGGGACAGGAUGAGCAGCUGCUGGUGAUGCGCACCACGCUGUUCCACUUUCUGCGCGUCACGCACGCCGCCGCCGCGCCGGAGGAUGGCCCGCUGCGCUUCCGCCUGCUACACACCCUCACCAACAGCGGAAAAAAUAUCAACUGCUUCGAGGAACAGAUUGGAGCAUUCCUGUUGGAGUGGUUGGCGCAGCUGCAGCAGCCGGCGCAGAUCAUAGAGUUCCUGCAGCUCAUCAUCAACGUCGUCAAGUUCAACGCCACCUACUUAGAUGAAGAUAUCGUACAUGGCAUCGUCAACCACGCGUGCUACCUGUGCGUGUACCCGGCGGAGGGCGGCGUGGUGCACGCCUGCCUCUCGCUGCUGGAGGCCGUGCUCUCGUACUCGCUGCUGCCGCGCUCCGCCCUGCCCGCCUUCGUCGCCGCGCUCUGCCGCACCGUCAACCUCGACCAGUACUGCCAGACCAGCUGGAAGCUGAUGCGAUGCGUGGUGGGCGCGGACAUCGGGCACGCGGCGCUGCAGGAGCUGGUGCACAUCCUGCGCAGCAGCGGCGAGGGCGGCGACGGGUGCGCGGUGGACGCGGGCCUCGUGCGCGGCGCCGUCUUCUACAUCAACAUGGCGCUCUGGGGACCCAAGAAGGUUCACAACAUCAAGGUCUCCUUCCUCGCCGUGCUGCCAGCCUUCCUCAAAGCGCUGAGCGGCGCGCAGGCGGCGGCCGUGGUGGUGUACGAGGUGGUGGUGGCGCUGCAGAGUCUGGUGGCGCGCGUGCCGCACGAGCUGCACGAACCCGCCGCCCACGUGCUGCUGCAGGCCGUGCGCCGCCUCCUGCACCACGACAAGGUCAUGGAUCCGCCCAACGAGCUGAUCCAUUCCCGGGUGCACGCGCUGAUCUCGUCGCUGGAGGCGCUGCAGGAGGCGGGGCAGUACCGCGGCCCGCCCGGUGACCUGCUCGACCUGCUGGACCACUGCGCGCACGACCGGCCCGAGGCCUCCGCCAUGAAGGUGGUGACGGCGCGCGCGGCGCAGCUGACGGGCGAGGCGGCCGGCGCGGCGCUCGCGCUCGCGGACCGCUACCUGCGCUGCGAGCCGCGCCUGCCCGUGCGCCUGCACACGCUGGCCGCGCUGCUCGCCUACAUCCGCCGCCACCGCUGCGGACACGGCGAGGAGCUGGCCGAGCGCGUCGGCACCGCGCUGGCCGCCGCCUGCGCCCUCGACGCCGAGGCCGCACUGCGGGCGGCCGCCGCGCGCGCCCUGCCCGAGCUCGCUCGCAUGUGCGCCCCCGACGCCUGCACCGACCUCAUCGAUCUGCUGGAAAAGAUACUGAAUCGACCGUUCGAGAUGUACGUGACGGACGUGCCGAUCCCCGCGGAGGCGGACACCAGCGACCUGCGGCUGGCGGCGGGCGGGCUGCUGGAGGUGCUGCAGGAGCAGGCGUUGCGCAGCCCCGGCGCGCUGGCCACGCGCGCGCUGCUCGUGCUGCUCGACCACCUGGAUCAUCACUACCGCCGCCCGGCGCUCUUCGUGCACCAUCCCGACAUCAGACUCAAGAUCUUCGACAUGCUGUUCGGUCUGCGCGUGAACGCGUUCAACUGCGUGGGGUUCUGCUACGAGGCGAGCGGCGCGGUGGUGUGGGGCGCGGCGGCGGCGGGCCCGGGCGCGCUCCGCCUGCAGCCGCUCUGCUCGCCCUUCCUGCUGGCGGAGCCGCCCGCCGUGCGCGGCCAGCAGCCGCAGCCGCUGCAGCCCAAGGACCUGCCGGCGGGCGCGUGCGUGUUCCCGGCGGGGCGCACGGCGCGCGCGCUGACGACGGCGCUGAGCAAGGAGAGCGAGUGGGCGGUGCUGGCGCACGUGCUGCGCGCGCUGCCCGGCCUUCUGCAGGCGCGCGCGCUGCUCGUCGGCCGGCGCGCGCACGACCUCGACUUGCUCGCCUCCACGCUGUGCGCCAUGGUGUCGGAGCGCAGCCCGGCGUUCGCGGAGGGCGUGCGCGCGGGCGGCGGGCAGAAGCUGUCGCAGUCGGAGCUGCACGCGACGGCGCUGCCCGCGCUGGCCGCGCUCGCCUCCUACCACAGCUUCCUGGAGCCACACACGCAACAGAGGAUCAUCCGCUGCCUGCUCAGAUACGGGAUGGUGCUCCGACAGGCGCAGCCCUACAUCAACGCGCUGACCAUCUUCACGCUGGAGACGCGCGAGACGAUGGGCAAGAUGCUGCCCGAGGUGCUGCUCGACCUCUCCAAGAUCUCCGACACGCAGGCCAUCGCCAGCCCCAUGCUCGAGUUCCUCUCCACGCUGACCCGGCUGCCGCGCGUGUUCGCGUCCUUCGUGGAGGACCAGUACAUGUCGGUGUUCGCCAUCCUGCUGCCGUACACCAACCCCUCGCGCUACAACCGCUACGUGGUGUCGCUGGCGCACCACGUCAUCGCCGCCUGGUUCCUCAAGUGCCGCCUCUCCUACCGCAGGAACUUCGUCAGGUUCAUCAUUCACGGCCUGCACAACUACAUAAUAUUGCCGUGCGAGGAGCAGCUGCAUUACAAGACCAACAACUUCCAGCAGACGUCAGCCAACGAGGAUUCCUCUAACCGUCAACGUAGCUCCAGUCUGGGUUCGAAGGCGGUGUCGCGUGCGCCGCUGGCGGGCUCGCGCGCCCCCGCCGUGCCCGCCGCCCCCGCCGCGCCCGCCGCCUUCCACGUCGAGCUCACCGAGACCUGCAUCGACCUGCUGGCGCGCUACACCUUCACCCCCUGCGCCGUCAAGCCGCAGAGGAGCGACAUGGCCGAGUUCCUGUUCAACGGCGGGCAGUCGACUACGUGGCUCGUGGGCCACAAGCUCGUCACCAUCACCACCUCCGGCUGCUUGCAGAACUCCAUCAAGCAGGGACUCUGCGAGAGGUGCGCGCUGCUGUGUCGCCACCAGGCGGAGAGCGCGCCCGCUCCGCCCCCGGCCCCGCCCCCGGCCCCCGCAGACACGCCCCACACGCCCCACACGCUGCAGGUGCAGGCGAGCGACAACAGUGACCUCAGCCAGCCCUCCUCCGGCAACCACCUCAACGUGCACAACAACCCACACCCACACCCGCCCGAAGUCAAGCGCUACAGCAAGCACUCGCUGCAGCACAGCCGCUCCACCGAGACCUCCUGCUCCUCGCUCUCCAUCUCGGAAGCGCUGCAGCCGCCCACCGCGCCCGCCUCCAGACAAAACUCUGCGGAAAACAACAAAUCGAACGAUUCUAUCUUGGAGGCACUGAAUCAGUUUUCGCAGCGAUUCGAAAAGUCAUCAAAGGAAAUGGAGCGCGAGACGGGGGAGUGGGCGUCGCGCGCGGGCGAGCUGGCGGCGGCGGGCGCGUGCCCGUGCUGGUGCGGCGGCUGGGCCGAGCUGCACGUGCGCUCCCCCACCGGCGACGUAUCCUGGCUGCUGCGUCUGCAGAACCAGAUGAGCUGGUCGCAGCUGCAGGAGUGGCCGCUGCAGGACGUGCUGGCACUGCUGACGCCGCCCGCCGCCGCCGGCCCGCUCGACGACCUGCUCGACCACGCCCCGCACACCAACAACACCCACGCCCCCACGGUCGGGGCGGAGACACGAGCGCGCGGGGAGCCGCGCCCCGCCCCCGCCCCCGCCGCCGCGGACCUGCACAAGUCCAGCUCGGACUCUGUGGUGGCGGGAGAGAGGCGCGCCCCGCUCGCCGCCCCGCUCGCCGCCCCGCCCGCCGCCCCGCUCGGCCCCCAGCCCGCGCGCAUGAGCACGCAGCCCAUCAACAUCCCCGGCUCGCCGCAGCGCCAGAGCUCCUCCAGCACCACGGACGACGACGACCUGCUGCUGGUCCUGCCGGAGAGCAAGUCGCGUCACCCGGUGCGGCGCUCCAACUCCUCGCCCGAAAUGUCCUCCUCCUGGAAGCUGAGCGCGCGCGACGAGGACGACCUCGGCCCCGACGCCGAUGCCGACGACGCCAACCACAUGAUCGUGCUGCCGCGCUGCGAGCCCGCAACUGCCGCGAUGACUUUACACGCGACCAAGAAAGCGGCGAAAAAGAGCGACAUGCGCGUGUCGUGCGAGGCCAUACCGGAGGAGAUCUCCGGCACCUCGCCCCUCGCACAGCCGCCGCAGCACGCUCAGCCCUCGCAGCACGUGCAGCAGCCGCAGCGCGCGCUCGCGCACGUCGACGCCGACGCGCAAGCGCACGGCAACGCUAAAGCGCACGUGCACGCCGCGUACCCGCACCUGAUGACCUUGAACUCGGACCCUGGCACGGAGGUCGGCAACGGCGGCGACGUCGGCGCGCACCACCAGCUGCAGAAGACGGCGAGCGACGGCACGGUGCCGGAGGGGCGGGGCCGCAGACAGCAGGGGCCGGGCGCCGCGCCGCGCGCCGCCGCGCUCGCCGCCUACGCGUCCGGCGCCCUCGAGCGGGACGAGCUGCCGCCGCUGUCGCGCUCCAAGCGCUCCAACACCAUCUCCGUCAUGAGCCCCACGCGCCGCCACCGGGAGGCGGGCUGGCAGCGCACCACCAGCGGCGGCGUGGCGCCCUCCUUCGUGUUCCUGCAGCUCUACCACAAUAUGAGCACGCACCCCAUCUCGCCGCCCGUGCCGGGCGAGGCGGCGGCCGCGCUCAACCCGCUGACGGAGCGGCCGCUCAAGGUGUCGGGCGUGCAGCACGAGCGCACCAUCAAGAACCUCGACCUGGUGCCGCCGCUGGAGACAUACAAAAUCGGUGUGUUGUACGUGGGCCCCGGACAGCAGGACAACGAGGUGGCCAUCCUCAGGAACGAGUACGGCAGCGUGAGGUACGCGGAGUUCCUGCGGCAGCUGGGCACGCUGGUGCCGCUCGAGGGCUGCGACGAGCCCACGCUCUUCCUCAACCUGGAGAAGGGCGGCAAGGACGGACGCUACGCCUACGUCUGGCACGACGACAUCAUGCAGGUGCUGUUCCACGUGGCGACGGCGAUGCCCUCGUGCGCCAAGGACCCCUCCUGCAACGAGAAGCGCAAGUAUAUCGGCAACGACUACGUCUCCAUCGUGUACAACCACUCCGGCGCAGACUUCAACAUACUCACCAUCAAGGGGCAGCUGAACUUCUGCAUAGUGCUGGUGGAGCCCAUGGAGCACGGCAUGAACCGCGUCUUCGUCAAGACGAAGGACGAGCGGCUGCGCAACGAGUUCCUCGCGCACAUGGACGCGCACGCCGUCUCCGACGCCAACGUGGCGCUGCUGGCGCGCCAGCUCGCCGUGCACUGCGCGCUCGCCUCGCUGAUCUCGCAGUCGCUCAAGAUGGGCGCCGCGCCGUUCGCCUCGAACUCGCUGGAGCGGCUGCGUCUCAUCAAGCGGCUGCGGCGGCGCCUCGAGGCGGAGCGACUCGCGGCCGCCGCCUCCGCCCCCGCGCCCUACGCCGCCGCCCCCGACAGUGUAUAUUGUGUAAAAGAGAAGGAAAGGGACGACGAUAUGUAUAGUCGCGGUGCACUCGCUCACUACUGGACAAUGUUUUCGUGA